AUGCCACCAGAAGGAAGCAUGAGGGCUGUGAUACUUCCAGGUUGCCCAAGCCUAGAAAGCGGAAAUCGAGAGGCAGAACUCAGGUUCGAACCACGGACGUUCCGGUCAUUAAAUUCGCGCUUGAGCUAUCUUCACCGAGAGAUUCAGCGGAGAACCAUCGACCUAUCCACACAGUAUCUCACCAUUCGGAAUAGCUCAAACAUGUCCGCAAACGAAACUCUACCGUCCAUGGCUGUACGAAGAUUCAGUACCCUUCUGGAAGAUGCCGAAGAGAGACGAUUGGAAGCCAAAGUGGACAAGAACUUGGAUAGAUUUCGUCAAACCAGAUGGGGCAUAUGGAUGGACUUUGCAGAAACGACCACCUUACACGGACCCAUUCACAUUACAGCCACAAAGGGAAAACUGCGGAUCUAUUAUAUCAUUGUUGUGGCCAUGAUGGCUGGAAUGUUCUUUGCACACGCUGGUUACCUGUUCAAACAAUUUCUAAGCUUUCCUGUGCUAACCGAAAUAAAGUAUGGUAAUAUCGAUUUCACCUAUCCGGACAUUACAAUAUGCCCGAAUGCCCCGUUUACUGAUACGGAAAUCGCGGAAAACGCGAAAUUACACGCGACAUUAAACGGUACGUUAAAGUUUUGGACAGAAGCACGCCGGGUGAACUUCGGAUCACCAACUGCUCACGCCAAGAGGAGUUUUCUCUCGAGCUUUUACAGGUGGUCACAUGAAAUUGGGAAGAAACCACAUCAACAUGUUUUGGAAUGUCAGCUGAAGAAAGAAGAGUGUCUAGUGAGCUUCAUCAUUACGGAACACCCAAUCUACUAUCGAUGUUUCACACUCCGUGUCGAAACAAAGCCUCCAGUGCCUUCGGGGCCCACCAACGGAUUGCGCCUGAUCCUUCAUCGUGGCCAACCGGAAGCCAAUCCUUUGCUGUUGGUCGUUGAAGAAGAACCUGUCAUUUUACAGUCUGUCACCUCUAAAGAGGCGUUCAGAGCGAAGGAUGGAUUCUUCAUUACAUUUCAUGAAAGGGGUACCUUCCCAAAUUUCCCAGUUCAGCACCUUCCAAAUGGUCUUUCGCUGCGUUUCGGCGAGGCAGUUCGCGUCGGUCUGGAUCAAGUUCACUACAAAGCCGUGAAUAUCACUGGACGGAUGUGUAUCAAUGGCGAUUUUGCACCACAAAUCGAGCUGUUUCGGCUUGAUAAACUCUCCGAAAGCAAUGCGAAACCCUUUGAAGUCAGUAAAUCCAUGGCCAAGUUCAGUUACACGCGGCAGGCUUGUGUCGCGGUGUUGCGACAACGUCUCACCUACGCUAAAUGCAAGUGCUUCUCCGAGUCGUACGCGAUUCCCUACUCGAUGCGAGAUGUUGGUGAAGUGUGGUGCCACAGUUUGGAAACCAGCACGAUCAACAUUAUUCGGAUAGGAGAAACGUUGGAAUGCGCUGAAAGAAUUGCUAAUAUGACCGAUAUUCAGAUUGUGCAAGCGGUACGACCCUCGUCUGAUGGUGAUGGACUACCCGGAUGUCCGUUACGUUGUGAUCGAAGAAUGAUCAGUAUUCACUCUAGCCUUCAAACGAAGCUGAUACAAAGUCUGGAUCCAAAGAUACUAAUUCCCUAUUUCGAAAUAAUCGAGCUGCAUCAUUCAAUGCAAAAGAAAGAAAUCUUCAUCAAACAAGAUGGACCACCAAUCGAUCCGGAGGACUUGAUAUUUUUGGACAUUCAUCCCGUGACGGAAAUGGUGAACCAGCUCAUAGAAAAUCCUGGUUACACAGCGACCAAAUUUGUCAGCGACCUUGGAGGGAUUUCCGGUCUUUAUGUGGGAAUUACGGUGUACACUUUAGCUGAACUGGUUGACCUUGUCACGCAGUUUCUCGGAGUCUACAUCCCCUACGUGUGGUCAGCGGCAAAACUGGGGAUGGUUAGAAAGAAGAACUUGGCGGCCCGAGUGAAACGUCGGAUGACUGUUAGAUCGAUCUACGGGGCAACGGGCAGGACAGACGAUGUUUCGGCGAAUACCACCGCACAUAAUGUGGACGCGCAAUCAUGUUUGGAGCCCUGUAUGCAUACUGUAUAACAUGAGGUCGAAUGAACAGUGUC